ACAACCCGCGGAUCAUCGAGAGCCCCAGUGACCAGUACGUGGGCAAGAACGAGCCGGCCAAACUGCUGUGUAAGGCGGAGGGAGACCCCAGCCCGGACAUCACGUGGUACAGGAAUGGACAGAAAGUGACCACGGAUAAAGACGACUCCAACUCUCAUAGACUCCUCCUAAGCGGAGGUAGUGAGCUGUUCUUCCUGCGCAUCAUCCACACCAAGAACCUCAAGCCAGACGUGGGCACCUACUACUGUAACGCCACCAACAUACACGGCAGCGCCAUCAGCAGGAACGCCUCUCUGGAGAUCGCUGGUGAGUCGCUGUUUGUUUGUUUGUUUGUCCGUUUGUUUGUUUGCUGGCUUGUUUGUGUGCGAGUCCCUUUGUUUGUCUGUUUGUUUGUUUGUGUGCAGCUUUUAAUGUGGUUUUAUCUUUCUUCCCUAUUAAACAUCUAGGGUCCUCAUAAAUCUCUCCCCCUUCUGUUUUGGGGUUUGCUACUCUCUUGUAGCACCUCUAGUCUUCGGCGCUUAUUAUGCAACCUAAUUAUGUUGCAAGUGC